CUAGCCGCUCCAGGUGCUCGAUCAGCUCGGCCGUGACCCGGCGGCUUCCCUGGGGGAGGAUGAGGCGGAGGGCUUGGGUCACAGGUGGGGCCUGCUCCGCCUCCCGCCCCGCUUCGGCACCCGCCUAGACGCCCCGGCCUCUACCUGAGGAUCGGCCUUGGAGGGGAAGCCCCGGCGCCCGCCCGCCGACGCUCGAAGGCCCAGCCACACUGCCCGCGUCCACAUUUCUCUCCUUCUCGGCCCCCGUAGUGCGUCCUCUCGUAAAGCCUAGCGACGCGCUUAAAAGUGAUGACAUCCGAGAGCGCCGCCACCGCCGACGCCAUGAACAGUGUAGGGGAGGCUUGCACCGACAUGAAGCGUGAGUACGACCAGUGUUUCAAUCGCUGGUUUGCCGAGAAAUUCCUCAAGGGGGACUGCUCCGGGGACCCGUGCACCGACCUCUUCAAGCGCUACCAGCAGUGUGUUCAGAAAGCAAUAAAGGAGAAGGAGAUUCCUAUCGAAGGACUGGAGUUCAUGGGCCAUGGCAAAGAAAAGCCUGAAAGCUCUUCUUGACCUUGACAGUCACCUUGAAAAUGGACUCCUCAAAUCAGGAAAUUGAGGACUCUGGAUCGUGCCAGUUAAAGCUGUGAAGAUAGCAUCGAUUUGAUGAAUGUAGGAGAGAGGAGUUUCCUGUCCUCCUUGAUAUUUUUCUCUCAUUUGUAAAAGGUGAUGAAAAAAAUCACUCUUUGCUUUGAAAUUUCUGGCUUUGGCAUCAGCAGGAACUUAAUGUGCUAAAUAAUGGGAUUAUGGUUGCAAUACUUGGUCUGGGAUCGGUUUUAAAUGUAUCUUGUAUGUAAAUGCUGAUAAGGUUGUCAGGAUGACCAAGGUUGCCUGAGUUAUGCUUCGAAGGGCAUUACUUGUACACUGUACUGGGGUUACUGUUCAUGGAAGCAACUGGUUAGGAUCUCUCUUUUCUCUCCGGAGAUAAUGCUUUGGAAAGGGUUUCCAGCACAACAGUUUUGAUCAAUGCUUGGGAGCAGUUUUAUUUUUUUCAGUUUUAUUUUUAUAUAGUAACUUAACUGUUAUGAUUGCUGAUGGACUGGGUUAGCCAAGAGGAAGACAGCUUUUAACAGUUCCCUACCUUAAGAAGAAGUGUCAGAUCUCAUAAGAGGUGAAAGCUUCAAGAACACUGUGAACACCAUCUCAGAGUUCAUGGUGUAGUUCAGCAAUUAAGAUCCUUGGAGUGGCUAUGCAGGAGGAUCCUAAAUUGCAAAGAUUUGCUGUUGCCAGCUUUCAACUUAAGUAAAUGAAUUAAGUCAAUCUGUGUAUCAUAAAAGUGCCAAAAUGCUGCAUCUGGUUAAAUGGGGAGAGAAAAGAGUUCACUUUAUUUGCCUCCUUCACCCACCCUGCCCUGUAAUGCCUGUAAUCGUGAAGAUGGAACAAACUGUAA